CUGCGCGCGCGCGCGUGUAUGUGUGUGCAUGUGUGCGUGUGUGAGAUCAUUAUCAGAAACUGCUGCAGGACUAGUCACAGAGACCGAGAUGGAGUGAGGGAUACAGUCACAACUCUGAUUGAACACAGCCACGGGGGGAAAGAAAUCACUGAAAAACACCUUCUUCUGAUCUCCAUUAAUCGCCGUCCACAUCUCCGCAAACUAGCGACGCAGCCCUACCACUGGGAUUCUGGAUUUAUUCGGGAUAUUUCGGCUUUUUUUCCGAUGCAGCAGAACAACCGAAGAAGAUCGGCUUGAUUUUUUUCCGCCACUCCGGGUGUAGGAUUUGGGAAGGAGAGCUAUGGAGGAUUCUGAUUGACCAGAAAAAUUAAGCAAAGCAAAGAGGGGAGGGGGAUACAUUGGGAAAAAAAGGAGCUGGACGGCUUUAACCUUUGUGUUUUUAAAGGACAGCUGGGAAAUGCAUCCAUUUUGAACCGGUGGAUCUAUCGAACAGAGUGAUUUGACUACAAAAUUCAUUUUCAUAUCUGCAUUUUUUAUUAAGUAAAGGCUUCAGCAGACGCCAUUUUCCUGUUGAUUUUUGGAGCCUCGCUGUAUUUGACAGAUCACGGGGAAGAUGGCAUUGCAGUUGGGGCAUGUUUAAAUUGUGAUUUCCGUGGAUUUAAUUUAAAAAGGCGAAAACGAAAAUAGUAUAAAUAGGAAAAAACACAGAAAACAUCAGUAUCGCUAUUGAGGACUAUUGCGUUGGAUAUGAUUCGUUACACCAUUGACCUUUAUUCUACAACUGGGAUUGUUGGAACGGUGUCAUCCGUGGAUUUCUGAGUCUGUCUUGAGUAGUAUAUUGUUGGAGCAUCAUCCGUUUUAGCUGUUCCACAUUUUCGCAUCCCGAGUUAAUUGUCGGGAUCACCAAUGGAGCAAAGAGAACUAGGUGGUCCUUCCCGACCCAAGGGAGGUGAGGCAGAAUUUAGGCCGGGUGGCAGUACUCCAAACCCAAACAAUAUAUCUGAUGGAAAUGGCGGACCCCUCCCUGCCCAAGGAAAGGGAGUACCAGCUGGGGAGGAGAGGGUUGAUCCCGAAGAGGAAGAUGAUUUAGGACUGGGGAGGGAUGUGGACUCCAAUUCAAACCCAGACAGUGAAAAGUGGACACCUGGGGAUGGUCUGGAGGAGAAGGAGUUCUCAAUCAAAGAAGCCAGCUUUUCUGAAGGGAGUCUCAAGCUCAAGAUCCAGACAACAAAGAGGGCCAAAAAGCCCCCUAAAAGCCUGGAAAAUUACAUCUGCCCUCCAGAGAUUCGGAUCACCAUCAAGCAGACUGGAGAGCAAAAGGGAGCAAAGAGUGGAAAGAUAAUCAAAGGGACAGAAGAUGAAAAAGGGCUCCCUAAAAAGAAGCUGCCGUGCCUGCCACAAGCCAGAACAAACUUGCCAACACAAGGAGCAAAAAGCAACAACGGGACAAGCCGAAAGAGAACUCCAUCCUUAAACGACGUGACAGACUUUGGCCAGCAAGUGGGCUUGAGUAAAAUCUAUGAGAAAUCUUACAAACCUGCUGAGCAAAAUGAAGGAGACCAUCAGGUGGAUUUUCUCAGAGAGGCUGUGAAACCAAAGUAUCAGUCCAAGAACAAUUCCCAUCAUAUGGAGUGGUUGACAACACCAGCAGGAGGGUCUCCCUCCCAGGGCAUUUUAGUGGACUCAGAAUCAAAAAGUGGACACUGCAAAAGCCCAGCUACAGAAAUUGGAGGAAUUCUUCUAAAGCCACAAAUUAAAAAGCCUAGUGGAAGUCCCAAUGUCAGUCAGUUUAGCACUAUUACCAGUCAAAUGUCAGCCACUUCAGUACGUGCACCAGCCAUGGGUCUUGUAUCUCAGGCUGUCGGUCAAGGAGAAAACACCAUGAAGACAACACCCACUCACAAGGACGAUAGAGGGCUGCAGGAAUUGUCUGAGCAAAUGUUUGGCAACAUUAAGAGAAAAUAUGGAAGAAAGGACUCAAUGAGAAAUCUGAUUAAUCACAGCUCAGGGGCACAGUGGAAUAAAAUUGUAGCAAAAGAGACUGAAAUAAAAAUUUCAGAAACUAUUACAGAGAAGGAAGUGCUGGAGAUUGAAAAGAGCCAUGAUAUGUCUCAUGGAGAAAACACAAGUACUGGGAUUGCUCAAGAAAAGGACGAAAAUGUUUUACAAGGAUCAGUUUCCAACCAAGCAGAAGUUGCCAGCUUUCCAGGACGCAAGAGGAAAAACCGUAAAUCACUAAAAGGUCAAGUACAUUUUGAGAGCACCUCAGAAAAAGUGCAGUUAGAAUCUGAAGUGAAUGAAAAAAGUGAUGGCAUUGGGAGUGGACUGUCAGACUCCCAGCAAACCCGUCUUAAUAAGAAUGAGUUGAGAACACCUAGAAUAGCAGAAAAGGAUCCAGAGUGUGAGCCUAUGGGCAAUCCUGAAGUUAAAACAAGUGAAACCACUGAGGCUUGUAAAAGCAGACUUAGAAAACCUGUAGUUGUGGGAAAACUAAGUAUGUUUUCAGACUUGGAACAGCCUGGCAGCAAAGUGUCUGAAAUUAAGCAUCCAAAGCUGAAAGCAAAGCAAAGGUGGACUUCAAAUAAGUCCAAAAGUAUCAGCAUCCCAAAAGAUAUAUCUAACCCAACAGCAACCAUUGUUGACCCACCGUCAGCUUAUCCUAUCACACCCUCUAGUCCUCUCUACACCAACACAGACAGCCUAACAGUUAUUACUCCUCUAAAAAAGAAAAGGGGGCGACCCAAAAAACAGCCUCUGCUAACUGUAGAAACGAUUCAUGAAGGUACGUCAACUAGUCCUAUAAGCCCAAUAGCUCACGAGGCAUCCGGUACUCCAAAGAAGCGAAGAAAGAAAAGAAGCCUGGCAAAACUAGUGCAUAUUUCCCCUUCAAACGAGUCCCCGUCUAACCAGAUUAAGCUUAAUAAAAAAGUCAGAAACUAUGGUGUUCUCGAUAAGAAGACAAUUAGGACAAUAAACAAAAUGAAAAUGGUUAAACGAAAGAAUAUACUGAAUGAGAUCUUGUCAUGCUCUGCAAGCAGCAGUCUGGUUUUAAAGUCCAAGGUCCCCACAUCCAGUUCAGUUUCCACUGUAGCAUCAAACAUUGAAUCUCGCCUAGGAAAGCAAAUCAAUGUAAGUAAGAGAGGGACCAUCUACAUUGGCAAAAAAAGAGGAAGGAAACCAAGAGUUGAGCUGCAGCUUCAGCAAGAUGAGCACAAAGCAAGCGAAAAGCACCCUGUGCCUGUUCUGAACAUGUCUGAAAACCCAGCAGUGCCUUCCAACCCACAGUCUACAGCCAGGAUGCCUUUACCCAUCACAGCACAGCUACCUGUUGACAAAGCUGUGGGGCCAGGUGGGAAUUUAAGUCCUACAACUGCAGAUACAACACUGCAUGAGCUCAAGACCAUGCCAAACUUGCAGCCCAUUAGUGCAUUGUCCACCAAAGCUCCCAAAGGCUUGCACAGUAGUGGCUGGAAGCUUUCUCCUCCCAGGCUCAUGGCCAACUCGCCUUCUCAUCUCUCUGAGGUUGCCUCUCUCAAAGAGGUGACACUGUCUCCAGUUAGUGAGUCCCACAGUGAGGAGACAAUUCCCAGUGAUAGUGGAAUUGGCACAGACAACAACAGCACAUCUGACCAGGCAGAGAAAGGACCAGCAUCCCGCAGGAGAUACUCCUUUGACUUUUGCUCUCUGGAGCCUUCUGAAGCUGCAGCGUUAGAAGCCAGCAACAAGGCAAAACGGGGACACUGCCCAAAACAUAGUGGUACAGUAGCUGUAGAAACAUUUUUAGCUCAUGAUGCCCUGAAAAAGCAGAAACACCGUCGUAAACGAAAAGGCCUUCAAAGCCGAGAUGAUUUGCAGUUUUUGGCAGACCUUGAGGAACUAAUUGGAAAAUUCCAGGUUUUCCGCAUCUCUCAUCGCAGCUAUACAUUUUACCACGAAAAUUCCUAUCCUAGCAUCUUCAGGGUCAACUUUGAUCAUUAUUACCCAGUUCCAUAUUUUCCAUAUGAUCCCCUGCACUACCUUCGUCGGAAUUCUGAAAUAAAGUCCAAGAAGAGGCGUGGCAGACCGGCCAAAGCCAACGAGCCAAUGACAAAGAUGCCUUUCCUUCAAGGGUUUGGAUACCCGAUCGCCAGCGGCAAUUACUAUGCACCUUAUGCAAUGCCUUAUACGUCAAUGCCUAUUGCCACUAGUAUGAUGAAUCUGGGUUACUACGGUCAGUAUCCAACUCCUUUGUACUUAUCUCACACGCUUGGAGCAGCAGCUUCUCCAUUUAUGAGACCAGCAGCCCCACCACCCCAGUUCCAUUCUGGUGCUCACAUGAAGUUGACCACUACUGCCAAACAUAAGACCAAACACAGUGCUCACCAGAUACCAUCUACAGGAAUGAACAAUUCCACAUCUACACUAGUGGCUCCCAAGAUGGGCAGCAGCAACUUGCCAAAUGUCCGCCUCCAUAAGCGUAAGCACAAGCAUAAGCACAAACAUAAGGAUGAUCAGCAGUCUGGUUCUCAGAGGGAUGAUCUUGGAGGACUCUUUAGUGGAGCAAAGAAUUCUAGUUACUUAAGCCUUCUGAGUGAACGAUUAUGUAUGUCUGACAAAGAGCCUUCUCUCCCUAAACAUAAGGAGAAGCAAAGGCUGCAGCAAAAUUUGGACACUCCACCAAGGAGUUCCAAAAAUAUUUUUGAAGUAGACACUCUUUCCACAUUGUCAAUCUCAGACACCCAACAGUGGAAGCGCACUCAUGAACGUGUUGAGCCGGUUAGUGAUUUCCAUGAUCCCUGCAUCCGACGACAUUUUGACAGUACACGAAGUCGACAAGAGCCACCUUCUGAUCUUUUUGGGGACCUACAAGUUUCGGGAAUCAAUGAGUCAAGCCUUGGAGGUAGACGGCGAAACCUAGAGAGUUUUGGGGUGUAUAGAGAACAAAACUUGGCACCCCUGAAGAAUAGCAAGAGAGACAAAGUGUCGCAAAUAUUUGACUCACCAGGUGUAGCAUCAGCAGAACCCAGUUCUACUUUGAAGAAGAGAUUCAAAAGGAAAGAAAUUGAGGAGAUUCAGUCUGAGGUUCGCAAGAUGUGCACGUUCUCCAAAAUCCUUUCCACGAAGAAGAACCUGGACCACGUGAACAAAAUAUUAAAAGCCAAAAGGCUCCAACGGCAAGCAAAAACAGGCAACAAUAUUGUAAAGAAAAGAAGAGGAAGACCUAGAAAACAACCUCUCCUCUCUGACGAAGAGCCAACAGCUCAGAUGCCCGUGCUUGAGAGGUGUGUUGACCUGCCUGGUAAAAAGAAUUCUCGUGCCUGUUUGCCCCCUGAACCCCUGGAUUUUUCCAAUCAAGAUCCCAUCAUGGACGCAAUUGAGGCUGUCAUACACAUGGCAAGGGAGCAGCCCAAGGCACCAACGAUGAGAGGGGGCAAAAGGCAGAACAAAGAGCAAGAGGAAGCGAGGUCAAAAAGACCACGCAAAUGUCGUGGCAAUGAGAAAGAAGACAUCUCUAAUACUGUGAGAAAGUAUGGCAGCUCUGGCCUCUCUUUGGCUAGCUAUCCAACGAUGCACUCUGCCCAUUGAGUCCUCUUUGCACUUUAGGGUAAUUUUGUUGACACAUGGGCAUUGUCACUUGACACCGUUACAAAAAAUUCAAUAAGAUACAAUACAUCUUGGAAAAAAAAAGUGGGAAAAAGAUUACACAGAGAAGUCGUUUCAGCUUACUGAAAACCAGCCAUAUUGGCACUUCAAACAUUCUACUGUGCUACUGCCGUGCUUGAUAACCUUCCCCCAAUCCCCCCCCACCCCCACCCCCCCAUGGCUAUGCCAUAAGUAACCAGCAAGUAUCUGAAUACCGAUCAUUUGCUUACACUGCAUAGCUUCAGUGACAUUGCCUUGGAUUUCUCUGUCUGUGACGGAGCAGUGCAUUAAGAGAAAUGGCAGCCUGGAAACAAAGCCUUUAUCCGACAAAGAACUGUGGCCUGACUGCGUUGUGCAGCGGCUGUGUGUGGUAUAAAGGAAUAGUGGAAUGUUGGCAUAUUUGGGGAAUGCUUGUAUAAAUCUAUCCAGGCUGUCACCACAUCUUCAUGCACAACAAAUCAGACUGUAAAUAUGAGCAUUUCUUCAUGCGGUACAUGCCUUUUUUUUGUACAAUGUGUUUCAGAAAGUAUUUUUAACUUAAUGGCUUAAAAAAGCAAACAACUGAAGAACGGUUGUACCCUAAAAUAAAGUAAUUAAAUAAGUUGGGUAUUAUUUUUAACCAAAAAUAGAGCUGGGUGUGACUCAAGACAAAUGCAUGUUUAGCAGAAAAAAAAAAAUGGAUCCCGAUUUUAUUUGUUCACGAGAAGUGGGUUCGCCACACUGUUGGAUACAACAGGGUGCACUGGUUAGUUAGCUGCGUUUCAGUUUACUUUUGAAGUUUAUCUCUCCUUCACAGAAACAUUUUCAUACUUCCAGACACCCACACUUUUCAAAAUUGAAUUAUAGUUAAAGGCAUUAAAUUUGCGUCACUACUUAGAUAUUUUUUUGUGCCUCUUGUUCAAAAAUCUGAUAAGUAAAGAUAAAAGUUGUAAUAAACUUGCCUUAACGUGGUAAAGUGUUACAGUUUUUCAAAAAUCGAGUAAAGAUGUGUUGUUUAAAUUUUUGAUUUAGCGUUGUCAAAACGUACGUUACUUUUUCGAAUUAUAACGUUAGUUUUUGUACAAAUCAUUUUUGGUAGUUUUUUUUUUAAUUAAAAAAAAAAUCGAAGGUUAAAAAUCAUAUAUAAUAUUUGUAAUGACCUUUUCAUUUUAGAUCGGAAAAACUUUUUUCAAUGUCUGUAAAGCGCACGUGUUGGUCAUAUUUGUCUGUCGUACGUUGUUGAAAGAUCAUUAGAUUGAUCUGAAAGGUAAAAUUUAGUCAAACCUUAAAAAAAAAAAAAUAAAAUUAUGCCAAACACCGUUUAAGAAAAUACAACGUGGAACAUCUGGCCAUACGCUUCUUAAUUUUGUCAGUUCAACAAAAUGAGACACAAAAUGUUCCUGCAAGUGAAAUGUCUAACGGAGUGAAUGUGAACAACUUUAUAUUUGCCAAGAAUAUUUCCUAUGAGCCAAACAUUCACUCUGCGGUUGGCAGUUUGUUUUGAGCAUGGACACUCCUUGCGUACCAAAUUUCCUCUUUUUGUCCUGAAAUGUUCUAAAAAGCAAUAAUCUUGUGUAAAAAGGGACAAAAGCAUCAAAGCUAAAGGAGUAUGUUUUAGUUUGUUAAAGUUAGCAAAGCCAAAGUAAUAUUAAUGUGUGAAAUGAAGAAAAGUGCUUUAUAACAGUAGUACUCUUUUUAUAGGGUGGGAUUUAAAAAGUUGGUCAUUUGGCAAGUAUUUUAUAUAUAUAUAUAUAAAAUAAAUGUAUGUACACACAUCUAUGUAGGCAUAUAUACAGUAUGUGUGUGUGUGUGUAUGUAUAUAUUUUGUAUUUAUUGCUGGAAUAAGAAAAUAAAUGAAGACGUACUUUGAGAUCAGCAUAUGCACUGGAUAGUAAAUUUUCUCUGGAGCAUUUUUAUCUACAAAUUGAUGAAAUAUGCAUUAGGUCAGGUGCCACAGCUUUUUCCGAGGAAUUAUGAAUUCAAGCCUUAACAAUUGACAUGCAAGGAGUGCCUUAUAUUUAUUUUCUAAGGCAUCAAAUUCCAUAACAAAUAUGCGCUUGAUAGAGCGAAGCAGAACAUAAUGCUUUAAAAAAAAAUUUGCUAAGAAAAUGAAAAAAAACAAAAACUACAAAUUUAUGGAUUUUGUUGCCCCAGAAUUCCAAGAGUGUGUGAUAAAGAGAGCUCUGCUCUGCGUUACCCAAUACAAAACUAUCGCAUACCGCCAGAGUCGAAACAAGCGUUCAGUUAAUCGCGCUCUUCCUUCACUGUAGUUUUCACUGUGGCGUUCUCACUUCUAGGUUUGCUAUGCAUCAGGUAUGCCAGCCACGGCUGGUAGAUAAUAGGAGACGGAAAUAUUCUGAAGUGAUUGAGCAAUCAGAAAAAUUCAGCUGUCUGUUUUGGGUCCACCCUUCCACAAAGAUUAAUAAGUGGUCUUAUUUAAUUUUUGAAGAAAAAAAAAAUAAUAAUAAUAAUAAAGGUAAUAAUAAUCUGCAAGAUGUGCAAAAAGAGACUAUCAUUGCAACUAUUACUGCAAAUAGAUCAGUAGAUCGCGUUUGCAGUGGAGCCUUAAUUUGAAAUUUAAUUAUUGAAGUAAAAGUGAACUGUAAAUACUGUAAUUAAACUGGGUUUUGACUGCAUGUAUGACAACUGUGUAUUGAAAACUUGGGUCUCCUUUGCAGUUCCUGACAAAAAAAAAAAAAAAUUAUGGCUUAUUUGGGUUAUGUUAACAAUUGUUGACCUUAAGAUACGUGUCUACUAAAGCAAGAAAUAUUGGCGAGCACCUCUGUGUUUUAAUACUUUAUAAUACAUAUAUAGUCAUAGCUUUUACAUUUUUUUGAAUGGUGCCUAAUACAAAAUGAAAGCACAGUUAUUAGUUUGGGGGAAGCACACACAAUUAUGCUUCUUUACAUUUUGUGUUGAUGUCCGUAAUUAUAUGCAGAGUGUAAUGGAAUAGGGACACACUGUGGAAUACAACAUGCUAUGUCGAUCCAUCAAUAUCCUAGUCAGUUUGUUUGUGUGCUGUGACAAACAUUGGAUAUAACAAUGAACCACACAAAGGACCACCUAUACAUUAUUAAGAAGUCCGCAUAUUGCUAAUUCUAAACUGGAGCAAUUAGUUCUUCCUUUACCUUCCAGCAUAGCUACAGACACCAUUCUUAUAAAAUGAGGCCAAACUCACAACCAUCCCUCGUAUAUGUGUGGAUCUCAGCCCAUAUGCUGUUCAUGUGGAGCUUGUACCUUCUCCAUGUGACACCGCAUGACUCCACAGUCAUGCUAGGUUAAUUGUAGAUGCUAAACUGGACUGGGUGUGCAUAGCUACCUAGCUGCUGCCCAUGGAGAUACCAUGGUUAAUGAGACUAAAUUGGAUUUAGGUAUCAAUCUCGACACAUCCCCUGCCGAUGUCUUGCUGGUAUAUUCUCCCUGUGACACCAUGAAGGUUUUUCUCUGUCAUGAAAGGUUAACUGGAGACGUUAAACUGGACUAGGUGUGGAUCUUGACCCAGGUACCGCCCAUGUGGACACUGUGGCUAAAUUGGAUUUGGGUAUCAAUCUCAGCCCAGUUACUGCUCAUGUGGAGCUGGUACUUUCUCUCUGUGACACCAUGGAGGUUUUAAUUGGUCGUGCUAGGUUAAUUAGAGAUGCUAAACUGGACUGGGUGUGGAUCUCGACCUAGGUAUUGUCAAUGUGGACACCAUGGCUAAUCAGAGAGGCUAAAUUGGAGUUGGGUAUCGAUCUAGGCCCAGCUGGUCCCUUCUCCUUUUUGCACCAUGAACGUUUUUUUCUAUUAUCGAAAUUGGACUGGGGUGGUCCCCAACUCUGUUACCAGAUGGCCGCAGUGGUGACUGGUUUUCAUUCCAUUUCUUAGUUAGUAUCUAACUACUGUUGUCAAUGAACAUACUUUAUCAACCUUGACUUUUUUUUAAGAUUUUGAAGCCUAAUUUGCUUAUUUUUUCCUUUACCCAGGAGCCUUUAGUAAAGAGAUUCUCCAGGUCAAAAACUUUUGUAUGAUGGUCUCAGAAAAAGAGAAUAAGUAAUAUUAUAAAUAUGUAUUGUGAUGGAGUGAGUUCACUGCCAGUCUUUAACUUGGAGAUCUCUAACUCAGUUCGUGGGAGGGUUGCGAUGGCUUCAGGUUUUCCCUGCAACCCAUUUUACAAUUUGAGGCCAACUUGUUCCAUUAAUGCUUCAUUCUACUUUAUUUAAAGGUAUGGCUUGACGGUGCAAAGUAUGUUCCAUUAGCAGCAGUAAUUGCAUACUAGUUUGGAAAGGAGCCAUUUCAAAUGAGAUUGCGAUCCCCUCUGAGUUAGACUGAGCGUAGGUACGUGUCCGUGUCUAUUGUGAUGCCAUCCAACGUUGGUUCCUGAUUUGUACCUGAUGAUGUCUGGGUAGGCUCUGCACUUCACAACUUUGAGGUCAGGAGGAUGGGCGUGAUUUCUCCGUGAGUUAAUGGUUUUCCAAAAACAAAGACCAAGGACUUCAGCUUCAAAUAGUGUAAAACUUCCUAAAAUCAUUACAUCCUUUCAAAUCAAUGAGAAAAACUAAAUCUAUAAUGUAUUAUUCAAGGGGUUUUUAUUUAUUUAUUUCGCAUAUACUGUAUACCGUGCAGCUUUCCCCAUUAUUAAUCUUCAUUAUGUGAAAAUUAUCCUGCGUGGUGGUCCUCAUAUGAUUUGGAAAGCCCUUAUUCUAGCAAAGGUACCGUCAUGCUCGUCACAGACUUUAUCGUCUGUAGCGGACAUCUUGAUUAUGUAUUGGCAUACAACUGAAUUCAGUGAGAUUUUAAUUACCUUACAUUCAAGUUGCAUGUGAUGGAGUCACACUGUGGUGUUUCUACUCAUCGAAUCAUUCACUGGUAUAGCUGGCUAAUAAAAUAUUUCAAGAAAUUAAAAAGAAAGCAAUAUAAAGUAUUGUUACAUUUUCUUUUCAUAUCUUCGCCCGGGCCAAUGACCAAAAACGUUGCACUCAUAGUUUGUCGUUUCACUUUCCAGCCAAAUAUUUCGUGUUAUCCUUAAAAAAAAUUCAAUGGAAGAAAACAACACUUUAGAAUUUACAGAGGUGUUCAGCUCGCCCGUGUUUUUUAUUUUAUGUUAUUUUUAUUUUUUUAUGUGUGUUUUUUUUCCCAUUUACAAAUGUUGCCACUUUUUAUUAAUAUUGGGAGUGAUGCCCACCUGCGAAACACUAAAAUCCCAAAGGUAAAAAAAAAACAAAACAUGUCAGUUCUGCCACCCUUGUUAUAACACAGGUUGCUGAAAAAUAAUUUAAAGGAAAAAAAAAAAAGUGUUCUAAAGUUUAUAAGAAAAAAGAAAAUGUUUCAGUAAAAGAAUUACAAAAUGAAGUAUUGAUUUAAAAAUAAUGUAACAUUGUACAUUACAGGAGCGCAGAUGGUGCUCUGAACAGUGCUGGCAUAUUUUAGUUUGUAUACAUAGUGUUUUUUAACCUCUUUUUAAUAGAGUGACAUUUUUUUUCUUUUUUUUUUUUUUUUUUUGCAUGUUCAAAUUGAUUGUAUGUAUACAUAUUUUAGACAAGGGGAAAAGUUAUUUGUAUUUUAAUUAAAUACAGAGGAAAAACUUGUACAUUGUUUGAUAUGUUUUUUUUUUGUAUUGGAUUUUUAAUUCAUGAAGCAUUUUUGUACAUUAUAUGAAUAUUAAAACUGCAAAUAUUUGGCAUAUAUAUGUAAGUAUAUAUUACGUACACAUACAUAUAUAUGCUGGCAUGCUUUUGGUCAUGUUUGUUCAUGAUCUAGUUGUUUGUUUUUAUUUUCUUCUUUUUCUGAAAGAGAAG